UGUCCCCAGCCUGGGACCCUGCUCAGCGCUGGGGAUGGGGCGGGUGUUGGCUGUGGGCUCUCAGCUGCUGCUGCUGCAGUGGGGAGGGAGUCUGGCAAGCGCGGCUGAGGAGGAGGCUCCGCUGGCCGGGGCUUUUCGCUGACACCUCCCCAGCGUGCCGGGAUCGGCAGCGCCACCGAGCAGGAGGGAGCUGUCCCGGCCAGAGCGCGCAGAGCAGCCGCCCAGGCGGGGCGAGGGGGCAGCGCGCCCGAUUGCGUUGCAAUAACCCGGUCCUAGUCCCUUGGCGAGAGGAGGCAAAGGGGGCUUCGGCCUCUGCCUGCUGCCGCCGGGAGACUCCUACCAGCCGUCCCCAGCAUCCCGCCCCCGCUGUCCAGCCCCCGCGGGAUCCGGAGAGAGGAAGCCAAAGCCGGGGGAGCGGAGCCCAAGCGGAACUCGCGACCCUCCCCCGCGCGGAGUCCCGGGCGCAGAGGAGUCGGCGGGACGGGAGGGGUGCCUGCCUGGAGGCGCCUCCUCGAGCUGCUGCGUGGGGAAAGAGCCAAGGCGCAGCAAGAACUGAGUGUGCAGGGAGUGCCCGGGAUCGGACUGCAAAGGGCGCUGCCUCCUAGCCCGGGGGGCUGCUCGGGCCCCUUGGCCAAGCUGCUGCCCGGCGCCGCGCAAAGUGCAAGAAAGUCGGGGAAAGUUACUGCCCGUCGAGAUCUCCCCACCGUGCCACUGCCUGCCGGGCGUGUGACACGCAGCACCGCUGCAGCGGGAGGAGGGCAGGGCUGGGACCUCCCUCCAGCGCAGGAGGAGACUCAACCCGUGCUUUUUGCGGGCUGGGUUGCAUCGCACCCCCCAUUGAUUUGCAACCCUCCCCCCAGCCACCGUUCGGUUCCCCAGCAGCGGGAGGAGGCUGCUCCCCGCCGGGGCAUGUGCAGGCAGCGGCGGGAUGGCCUCGGCCGUGUUUGAGGGUACCUCUCUGGUGAACAUGUACGUGAGGGGCUGCUGGGUGAAUGGCAUCCGGAGACUUAUCAUCAGUCGGCGUGGGGACGAGGAGGAGUUCUUCGAGAUCCGCACCGAGUGGUCGGACAGGAACGUUCUCUACUUGCACCGGAGCUACUCGGACCUGGGCCGCCUCUUCAAGAGGCUGCUGGACUCCUUCCCGGAGGAUCGCCCCGAGCUGUCACAGUCCCCCCUGCUCCAAGGACUAAUCACAAUAAAAGAGGCCCGUGAUAUAGAAGCCAGGCUUAAUGAAGUGGAGAAGCUUCUGAAGAUUAUUAUAAAUAUGCCUUGGAAAUAUUCUAGAUCUGAAGUUGUCCUUACCUUCUUUGAAAGAUCUCCAUUAGAUCAAGUGUUAAAAAAUGACAAUGUCCAUAAAAUUCAACCAAGCUUUCAGAGUCCAGUUAAAAUAUCAGAAAUCAUGCGAUCUAAUGGAUUUUGUUUAGCAAACACUGAAACAAUAGUCAUUGACCACAGUAUACCAAACGGAAAAGACAAGCACCUGGAUGUAGAUUCAGCAGAGCACUUGUUUGAAACUGUUAGUGAGUUUACUUCAGAGCUAGAAGACACUGAUGAUCCAGCAGCUUAUGUCACCAACUUGACAUAUUACCACCUGGUCCCAUUUGAGACGGAUAUUUUGGACUGAGGCUUUCCAGAGACCCAGUCAGCUAGCAUCCAGCUGAUUUCUUUGCGCAUAGACUCUGCUUUCCCAUUGCUCUUCUAUGAAUAAAGCUGUGUGAUUUAAAACAGCAGAGAAGUUGCUGCAGAUAUGCCAUGAAACUGAUUUUGCAGCUUAGCUCUUCGUUGUGACUCAAGGAGGUACCUUGCAAGGAAGUAACUGCUUCAAGAAACUCCUUUUUCCCGGAAAGGAAUGUAGCAAGAUCUUAGGGCUACUUGGAUCCAAGGAAAUCAUUUUGGCAAAGGCCAUGGCAACCACUACAUUGACAAAACCAUAAGCGAUCGUGCUAUUGUUGGGCACCAGUGGUCACUGGUAUACAGUGCAACUUGUACAAAAGACUGCCCUUAUUAGCAGUCACAACAAAAUAUCCCCAGAUGUACUGAGUACACUUCCACUCCACCUUUAGUAGAAGACCACCUCUGUUAAGCAAUCAAUGUUUGUCAGUCCCUUCAUGUGGUCACUUAAGACAGGUCCCACAGUUCAGCUGUGAGAUGACAGGUGCCUUACAUAUAAUGUUACAAAUACCAUAGAGUGCCUACAGGAAACCAAUGCACAAUCUGAUUAUUUUACCUCUGUUAAUCCUUGGGUGUUGUUUAAUCGUCCGAGAGCUGACUUCUUUCCUUUCCUUUCCUGAAAUAGGAGAGCAGACUGGCAUUGCAAUGGAAAGCUUAUAAUGCUGCAGUACCUUGAAUUACUUCAGAGUUCUGGAAAGCUGAUAGGAAGGCUAAAUUGCCUUGCUAAGAAUGGUCAGUGCAUGCCAGGCACUCGGAUCUGGUUUUUCUCUUGGACCAGGAAAUCUGAGCAGUGCUUGCAGUUGUUUACACAAGAUGGAUAAUUACCUUUGCGUAUUACUUUCCAGAGAAUGGGGAGAUUUAAGCCAUGUAGAGACUGAGAAUUAAAGAUAAACUACAGCUUAUCUUAUGAGGACAGGAAAAAAGGAAACCACCCCAGCUCAGAUAGUCUGCUUAACCUACACCCAUAGACCUAAAGAGCCUGAUUCUGAUCUUGCCUACAUGGAUUUCAUACCAGUGACAUUUUGUUCACCUCAAUGGAAUUAUGCCAGUGUAAGAAAGGGCGGAAUCAGACCCUAAAGGCUCUUUACUACUGAGUAGUGCAACGUUAACCUCUCUUAGAGCUCAACCUUGUAAGUUGCUGAGCACCCUGAACUCCCAAUAUGAGCGCAACACCCUGCAUGAUCAGGCCCUGACCUUUCAUCAAGCAUUUAAUGUAGUAAUGGCCAGAAUUAAUUUAAAGAGAUAUGAACUGAGAAGAGUGCAUUUUGAGCUGGUUAUCUGUACAAUAGCUUUGCCUUGGUCCUGAAGAACUUGGCACAGCUCCUCUCCUGUAUACUCUUCGGUGCUCUGUGUAUAACAACAGUAGACAGAAUUUGCUAAUGUACAUAAUAAAUUAUUGAGAAUCCUAAUUCCUUUACACGGUAUGUUUUUAAAAUAUAUAUUUAAUUAAAUAAAAUAACUCACCUUAAGUAUAUCUUCCAUUUAAAGUGUUGACUUCCAUUUAUUUUUCAUGGAGAGUAAGUCUCUGAGACCUGAGUCCUCUGCUUUUCCCUCCAAUAAUUUUGGAAACAGGUUGCGUAACUGCUGCUUUUCCUGUGCUGCUUAUGGGCUCAUGCUGCAGGUAUAAUUAACACCCAAGUGAAAGCUACAGGGCUGGAUACUGAUCUCACCUCUGUGUAAACAUGGAUUAACACCACUGCCUUCAGUGGAGCUCUUUGGGAUUUAUACAGGUGAAAAUGAGAUCAAAUCUGGCAUCUAUAGUUUCUCAGGAUGGAGGAGUUCCUUAAACUGGAAUGUAAUGGGAAACUUCCUUGUUUCGUGUUCUUGAACUAGAUUUAUUUUCUUUGCCCACUGGCUACAGUUCUUCAGUCUAUGCUUCCAGCUGAUUAUUAUUGGGUAGCAGCAAUAUCUGAUGGAAGGGGAACAGGACUGGGAACUGGGAGACCUGAGUUCUGUUCCUUGCUCUGUUACUAACCUGCUAUGGGAUGUUGGGCAACUGUACUUCAUUGCCUGUGCCUCAGUUUCCCCAUUUGAAAAUUCUACCUGCUUUCUCCAUUUUACAAGUGCCUAUGCCCCACUGACUUCCACUGAGACAUAAGUAUUCUUGUAAAUGUUAUUCACUGAUACUUACCUACCUUUUGUAAAGUAAUUUAAGAUGUAUGGAUAAAAAGUUAUAUUAAAGCUAAGUAUUAUUACCAAGUUUAAGAGCAAGUGACCUCUCUCAUAAUGAGAAAACAGGUCAAGCUGCAGAGAGGAGAGGAGAUGUUGUAGGGGGUCAUUUUAUUAAAUCUGAGAUUAAGGUUUAGUUCAUAAACAGAAGUUGCACUGGUUUCAGGUAAUUCUGUUUUUUAAAACUAUUUACAUUGGUGCAGAAGACUGUGUGACUACACUUUAUGAAAUCACCCCUUUAGUUAAACUGGUACAACUUUCUCAUGUAGAUGAGGCCUUAGUCCUUGUACCAAACAUAAAUUUGGAAAAGGAUAAAGUAUUAAUCAUGAAUAUGUCCACUUCUAAAAUUCAAAAUGGAUCUAGGGCUAAGUAAAAAUCAAGCCGUAGUAUGGAGGGUGUAGGAGCGUUCACUGCCACACAAAGAAUAUGCACUUAAUAUUAUCUGACUGUUGCACACAAAACACUAUAUUAAAAGGAUCUUAUGAAGGUUCCAAAGUCAAGUCCUCAAAAGUUUGCCAGUGCAACCUUAAUUCGUCCCCUGCACAUGUAUGUGUUACGAUUCAGUCAUUAAUUACAUGACCACGUACUAUUUUCCUGCAGGACUCCUGCCUCAUUCAGGGCACAGAGUGGGCCGCUCUGGAGAUAAAUCAGGGCUGUCUAGUAGAGGAGAUUGUUGUCUGUAGGACCCUUGCUUCAUUUGUU